AUGAGCCUAGACACUCAAAGGAUCUUGCCGCUUCCUCAAGAUGUCGCCGCCCAGAUCAAGUCCUCCGCGACCAUCGCUUCGCUAACGAGUGUCGUGAUUGGUCUGCUCGAGAAUGCGCUGGAUGCAAAUGCGAAGAAAAUUGAAAUAGAGGUGGAUUACAGUCGUGGUGCUUGUAUUGUCGAGGACGAUGGUCACGGCAUUCAACCCAAAGAAUUCAGGGAGCAGGGAGGCCUUGGAAGGCCCUGCCACACCUCGAAGCACAAAAGUGCCAAAGUCGUCUAUGGAGGCCAUGGAUCUUUCCUUGCUGCCGUUGCUGCUCUUUCGCUCCUCACUGUGACAUCACUCCACCACUCGUACCGCUCCUGUUCCACAGUGAUCCUUCAUCACUCAAGGCCAGUGGCAAGACUGGUCCCAGCUCCACACCAUCAGCAGCUGCGGACCAAUGACAAUGGUACUCGGGUGACUAUACAAGAUCUGUUUGGUAAUAUGCCUGUCAGAGUGAAGCAGCGAGCUGUUGAACACUCUGGAAAUCCAUACAACGAGGAGAAACAGUUUGAGAGCUUGAAAAAGCGAAUGGUCGCUCUUCUUAUCGGGUGGCAUGUUCCUGUCUCGAUAAAUUUGACAAUGAAUGGCUUAAAGAAACGGAAACUUCAGGUUCGACUGAAGAACGUUGGACUGAAUGACUUCCAGAUCGGCGACAGAGAUGUUGUUGAGACGCUCGUAGUCUCGCCUAGGCCUCAAAUUGAUGUCCAAUUAGUUCGCAGUCUCCUUUCGCAAGCUGGGUACAUCGAUCCCACUGAUUGUGGCUCCUGGAUCAAAGCUUCAGCUCGCACUUCCAACGUAACGGCAACAGGUACAUUUUGUUUGAUGCCAGCGCCUUCCAAAGCGGUUCAAUUCAUCUCUUUGGGUAUCAGGCCUUUGAUUGGAGAGACAACAGGAAACCUGUUGUUUGAGGAGAUCAACAGAUUGUUUGCCGAAUCGAAUUUUGGAACCCAGGAGGAAUAUGACGAGACUGUGGAGCAUAAGCGUGUUCAAGACCGUCGAUACAAGCGAGAUGGAUUCACCAAUAGGCAGCUGAAAGGAGGGGGCAAGGGAGUAGACCGAUGGCCGAUGUUCUACCUCCGAGUUGAUUUACAGGAAACCAACGAUUUGGAGAGACUUGAGCGAGAUGGUGUACUACAAAGCGUAAUCAAAGUCAUCAAGGCUAUGGUUACGGGUUUCUUGAAAGACAAUCACUUCAGGCUGCGUACUACUAUCCGGAAGCAUAAGACCGAGCCCAAAAUCAACUUGGCGUUCUCUCAUCUGGCUCCUACUCAUAUUGGCGCGUUCGACUCCUGGAGCCGUAUCAAGAGUAGCAGACCCUUUCGCCCCGCUGGUCAGCUUAUGGUACGAACGUCAGACCCUACAAAAAUAGGCGCCGUUCAUGAAGCGAAGCCAAGGACAAGGUCACCGGAACUGUCUAGCGAAAAUGAUCUUGCAUGUCAACUGGAGGAAGAUGCGAUGAUUGAAUGGACCAAUCCUGUCAGCAAGAUCAACAUGCUCAUAAACGCUCGCACAGGUCUUGUUGCAUUGAAAAGUAAACAGGGGCAACGACCUGUGAGCGCCCCAGAGAGCUUCCGAUCGUCAUUCAUGAUCUCUGCGAAUCGAAUUACUCGCCCUCAUUCUACGCUCCCAGAGCGUGCAAAGCCAGGCUCCUGGGCAAACAAUCUUCUCUCCAAUUGGGAGAACCCAGUCUUCACGCUUGCAGAAGAGCCCAUUCAUAAAUCCACCAACCAAAUCAGCCUUGAGGAGUUGAACAUACACUGUUGUGCUGGUGAGGCAGCUACAUCCUCAUCCAGGGGGAUCCCGGGCAUCUCUUCGGCCAAACUAUCGAAAACGGCCCUCUCUGCAGCUCGGAUCAUCUCACAAGUUGACAGAAAAUUCAUUCUUGCUGACGUAGGGAAGGCCCUAGUCCUAAUAGAUCAACAUGCAGCAGAUGAACGUAUCCGAGUCGAGAACCUACUUGACGACUUUUAUACUCAGCCGCCAAUGACCCUUGCCAAAGCGCUGAAUUUUAAAAUCUCCCAACAAGAUCAGAGUCUCCUGGCAUCUCAGAGGCAGUACUUCGCUCAACUCGGUAUUGAAUAUAGCUUGUCCACCAAUCAACCAGUAUUCAGCCGUCCAGGCCCGGCAAGCGACACAAAGGAUGCUAAGCCUCAGAUCCAUGUGACUUCUCUUCCACAGCCCAUAGCACAGCGCCUCCUCAUAACGCCCUCCCUUUGUCUCAAUCUCAUCCGUUCAAUAGCUUGGUCCCUAUACUCGGGCGAGAUCACUCAUCACACAACAUCCUUACGUCCUCGGCCGCCGAAAGCGAUCCUUGACCUCCUCAACUCCCGCGCCUGCCGUUCAGCUAUCAUGUUCAAUGACGUCCUUUCAAUCUCCGAAUGCGAAGAGCUGGUACGGAAGCUGGCUAGAACAAAUAUGCCAUUCGUGUGCGCACAUGGGAGAUGCAGUAUCGUGCCUAUCGUUGGGCUAGGCAAUGGCGACGGCGACGGCGACUCAGGGGAUAACCGUACAAGACAUUGCGAGAACGAGGAUGAGGUUAGGGAAAGUGAUGCAAUACAUGCCGGUAGAGAAGGGGGGCGUGGGAAUGCAGGACCAGCAUCAUGGGCAGAAGAUGGCGAAGAACCAUUUGCCAGCGCGUGGUCGAGGUGGAAUAAGAACACUAGCUCACACACUGCUGAGGCCUGA